AUGGCCGCCUCACUUUCAGCCUCCUUCAACAGGCUUGCGGUGCAAACCCUCGCAAGCACUUCGGUGCAGCAAACCAGACAGCUGGGAGUCGGGACGAUGACGAGAUGCCGGAUCGUCCCUGCUGAGAGCUACAGAGCUGGCAGGGCCAUCUCGUCCACUGCCAGCCAUCGCCAAGGGGAUGCAGCGCCAACACCACUAGCUUCACGUCUCGCUCUUGGAAAUCUGUCGCCGCUGCAGCCAAAGAAGGCGGUGAGUGCAAUUGGCUGUGAUGCAUGAGCUCGACUUUAUGGAAUGCUGACAGUCAGAGUGGGACGCUUGCGUGCUAUUGUAGAGGAAACGAGUGGGAAGAGGAGACAGUUCUGGAAGAGGAGGAACGUCGACGAGAGGACACAAGGGUCAGAAAGCCAGAGCUGGAAAUGGAAGACCGGUCCCGGGUUUUGAGGGAGGGCAGAUGCCGCUUCACAGGGCGUUGCCCAAGAGGGGCUUUGUGAACACGUGAGUCGCAAAAUGCUCUCUUCUGUAUCACAUGGAGUGAUGGCCAGGGAGGAAGCUGUCACUUGGCAAGAAGGUUGCACACUGACAAUCUCAUUUACUUCGUUGGCAGGCACAAGCAAGAGUUCACGACGCUCAAUGUAGACAGGCUACAGAGCUGGAUAGAUCAGGGAAGGAUUGACGCUUCUCAACCCAUUACAGCUCGCGAACUGUACGCGAGCGGCUGCGUGACAGGGCGCCUGCGCGAUGGGAUUAAGCUUUUGGGCAACGUGAGUCGAAGGGCGCCUGCAUGUAUGCGUCGAUCUUGUAGAAGCGAGGGCAAAGUGCACACCACUUACUGACUCAUACCGUCGGAUGUGCCUCUACCUCGCAGGGGGCAGACUUUGUCUCCAGCCCGGUCAACAUCGUCAUUUCUAAGGCGACACCUACAGCAAUUGCUGCAAUCGAAAAGGCUGGAGGAUCGAUCAUGACGCGAUACUACACUCAGCGGACUUUGCAAAGUUUGAUUCAUCCCGAGCGAUAUGCGGACCGGCCUCCUCCUGGGCAUGCCCGUCCGACGCACAAGGAUGACCUCCGUGAGUUCGAGGAGCGCAAUGCAACGAGAGCUAAAUACCUCUGUCUGUGUGCGUGUGCAGCUUUCUGACGCGCAUUGCACCUUGUCGAUGAUGUGCAUGCUUCGCAGUCUACUACUCAGACCCAAAGAACAGAGGCUUCCUUUCUUUCCUAACCCCGCCCGAAGUGGUUCCCCGUUACAAUGCGGAUGGUAUUCUGGUCGCCGUACCGGACGCUUUUGCCAGAAAGGUCGCUACUGGAAGCACUGGCUCGACCGAAGCCGCUUCGGAUAGAGAGUCCCUCGAGACUAGAGAUGCGAUGAGCGCAUUGGCGAAGGAGGCGGAGCACAAGGUGGCGCAGACGGAGGCUUAG